GGAUUGUAUAAGUAGGAAAUAUAGUAUAGGAUUAGGAGUACAAAAACAUUGGGGAAAAAAAGGAGGAGACCAAAAAAAAAUAAAUAAAUAAAAGGAAGGCGCACCCUCGUAAAGUCUAAACUCAAAACUCAAAAGUUUCAACUGAAAUCCCCGAAUCCAUUCAUCUCCAAUCCAUCGUUAAACCCAAAAUUCAAUAAAAUGGCAUUUCACGUCGGAUGUCCAAUUACAUGCAAGCGGAUUUGUUACUGUUCGUUGGGUUUUCCGCCCAAUUUACAAACCAAUACUGGUAGAUUUGAUUUCUUGGCUGAAAUUUCUCAACUGGAACACUUUUUCAAGGAUCCAUGGAUAAUUAGGGUUAAGGAAGGUGCGACGGUUCAAAUUCCUGUUCCUAAAGUUGUUCCUCCACCGCCUCCGCCGCCUGUUUCUGCAAUUGUUCACGGGGAUGAUGUUGCGCCCUCUGCUGAGGAAUUGUUGUCUGCUCAGACUAAACGGGUUGCUUUGCAGAAGAAAGCCGCUGUUGCUUCUUUGGCUGCUGAGGAUUUCGCUCGCAAGUUUGAGUCUGGUGUUUUGGUGGAAGCCACCAAUGAUUCUGGUACAGAAGAGCUGGUCUCUUCUAAUGCCAAAGUGAUGUGUAGAUUAUGCUUCUCUGGUGAAUAUGAAGGGAGUGAAAUUGCUAAGAAAAUGGUUCCAUGCAGUACUUGUGGAAAGAAGUAUCACAAGUUUUGUGUGAAAAAUUGGUCUCAACAUAGAGAUUUAUUUCACUGGAGUUCGUGGUCAUGCCCCUCCUGCCGUACUUGUGAGGUUUGUCGUAGAACUGGAGAACCUAAUAAGUUUAAAUUUUGCAAGAGAUGUGACGGUGCCUUUCAUUGUUAUUGCAUGCAGCCUCCACACAAGAAUGUUAGUUCUGGACCUUACUUGUGCCCUAAGCAUACAAAAUGCCACAGCUGUGAAUCAAAUGUUCCAGGAAAUGGUCUGAGUGUAAGGUGGUUUUUAGGGUAUACAUGCUGUGAUGCUUGUGGGAGAUUGUUUACGAAAGGCAAUUAUUGUCCUGCUUGCCUGAAGGUCUAUAGAGAUUCUGAGUCAACACCAAUGGUUUGCUGUGAUCAUUGCCAGCGCUGGGUGCACAUCCAAUGUGAUGGAAUAAGUGAUGAAAGAUAUUUGCAAUUUCAAAUAGAUGGAAAUCUUCCAUACACAUGCCCGACAUGUCGAGGCGAGUGCAAUCAGUUGAGAAGUCUCGAAGAAGCUGUGCAAGAGCUGUGGAGGAGAAGAGACGAAGCAGAUCGAGAUCUAAUAGCAAGUUUGCGGGCAGCUGCUGGUUUGCCUACUCAGGAAGAAAUUUUUUCUAUUUCACCUUUUUCCGAUGAUGAAGAUAGUCCAAGUGUUAGGAAGGAUGAACAUGGACGGGCGAAAUUCUCAGUCAGAAGUGUGACUGAUUUUUCUCCUAGGAAGAUAAAGGAAUUCAGCAAAAAACCAUCUAGCAAAAAGUAUGGGAAGAAGGGAUAUCACACGUCUUCGGACGCUAAAAUGGAGGUUAAGACAGAAGCUCACAAUGAAACACAGUUGGUUGGUUGUAGGCUGGGGGACAAGAAAGAGGCUUCACUUCGACGUGGACCAGAGCUAUUUUCUUCUCCUUUUUCUGGAAGAUUAAAUCCAACUGACAGAAAUUUCUCCGAUACGGAAAAAGGAGUUUUGAAGCAUAAAUCUGUGGAUGAGGUGGCAGGAAACAAUGUGGACAGAAGAACAGUUUUACAAAUCAAGAGCAAGAAGAUUAACGACUCCGGCAUUAAUGAUGAUGUUGGUCAAGUUGCCAGCAAGCCCAAGACCAUCAAAGGAACUAAGCUAGUGAUACAUUUGGGAGGGCGAAAUAAAACAAUGACCAACUCUCCGAGAUCUGAUUCUUCUAGCUACCAGAGGGAACCAGAAUUGACGACUAUAAGUGGAGGGAAUGAAGCAGUGAGUCAGCCAAGAACUGGUGAUCAUCUGACAGAAAGACUAGAUGGCACAUCAAACUCGGAUGAAGGUUACUUAGUUGAUGGGACUCAUGAAAUUAAAGGAUGGAAACCAAGGGAUCACAACAUUAUAAAGCUUGGCAAAGGGAAAUCUGAAGCUUUUGGCCCUCAAUCUCACCGAGGAAAUGGACUGUUUGGUUUAGAGAGCACACAUAUCAUAUCAUCAAAGAGAAGCGUUGAAGCAAGUACACCACCCACUGAGCGGUCUCAAAGUAACUUAUACAAGAGAAAACAUCCAGAUGAAAGGCAUGGAAUGUUUGGUGAUAGUAAUAAAAGUAACCAUCCAGCACCACCUGCUUUAGAUGCAUCAUCCAAGGACUCCAGGCCUUUACUUCGACUCAAAUUCAAGACUCCUUAUCCGGCAUCUUGGAUUCCAAAUAGUGAAGAAGAGAGAGGAUCUGUGAAAGGUCAAAGGUCUAAACGAAAGAGGCCAUCACCCCAAGUAGAGAAGCACAAACAUCAUGAAGCAGAAGGUGUGGCAGAAUCACAAGAUAACAAUUUAAUGAAUGAGAUCAUGGAUGCAAACUGGAUUUUGAAGAAGUUGGGUAGAGAUGCUAUUGGAAAGAGAGUAGAAGUUCAUCAGCCGUCUGAUAAUUCCUGGCACAAGGGAGUUGUCAGUGAUGUUAUUGAGGGGAUGUUGUCUAUUGAUCUUGAUGAUGGAAGGGCAAAGUCUUUGGAACUUGGAAAGCAAGGAAUCAGAUUUGUUCCACAGAAACAAAAGAAACUGAAAUCUUGAUGAUUGAGCUUAUAGAUUAAACCUAGUCAUGUAGCAUUCAAAAGGUUCUUAGAUUUUUUGGUAGCAAGGUAUUUCAGAUCCCAUGUAAUCUAUUGCCAUCCUCAUUUCUUCAGUUGAAGUUUAGGUGCAUGUACUUCUUGCACCUGAAAGCAGUUGCUGAUUGUGCGGAAAUUUCUUAGCAGCAGCAGUGUUUUAGACAGGCUUAGGAUGCAGUUCUUUUUUUUUUUUUUUUUUUUUUCUUCUUUUCCCCUUAUGUCUGUUCACAUUUAUACAAUGCAUCUUGAUACGGAUCUAGUCAGAAAACUAGUGUAGACUGCUGUUUCUCAGUGUUUUUAGUCGCCUUUCUAGCCUUUGUUGUAAAUGAUAAGGAAUAUAUGCAGUCUUCUUUGCCUUAUAGCUAAAGUUGACAUGUGAUUUGUAACUUUCAAUAACUUGAUUUCUAAUUUUACAUAUUGUGAAAUUACAAGCUUC